AUGCUGUUUUGGCACACGCAGCCGGAGCAUUACAACCAGCACUCGAGCGGCAGCUACCUGCGAGAUGUCCUUGCUCUGCCGAUCUUCAAGCAGGAAGAGCCUCAGCUGUCUCCUGAGAAUGAUGCCAAGCUGCCACCCUUUCAGUACGUCCUCUGCACAGCCACCUCACCCGCAGUGAAACUGCACGAAGAAACUCUGACCUACCUCAACCAAGGUCAGUCUUAUGAAAUCCGUCUACUUGAGAAUAGGAAAUUGGGAGAGUUUCAAGAUUUAAACACAAAAUAUGUAAAGAGUAUAAUUCGUGUAGUUUUCCACGACCGCCGCCUGCAGUACACAGAGCAUCAGCAGCUCGAGGGCUGGAGAUGGAGUCGGCCUGGGGACCGCAUCCUUGAUAUAGAUAUCCCGCUGUCAGUUGGUAUCUUGGAUCCCAGGGCUAGUCCGACCCAGUUGAACACUGUUGAAUUUCUCUGGGAUCCGUCAAAGAGAGCUUCAGCGUUCAUUCAGGUACAUUGCAUCAGCACAGAAUUCACUCCACGGAAGCAUGGAGGAGAGAAAGGGGUGCCCUUCCGGGUGCAAAUCGACACCUUUAAGCAAAAUGAAAAUGGUGAAUACACAGAACACUUGCAUUCUGCAAGCUGCCAGAUCAAAGUGUUCAAGCCUAAAGGAGCAGACAGAAAACAGAAGACUGACAGGGAAAAAAUGGAAAAGAAGACCAUCCAAGAGAAGGAGAAGUAUCAGCCUUCCUAUGAGACAACUAUUCUCACAGAGUGCUCUCCCUGGCCAGAUGUGCCUUAUCAAAUGAACAAUGCUCCCUCUCCAAGCUACAACAGUUCUCCCAACAGCUUCAACCUCGGAGAUGGCAACAGUUCUCCAACCCACCAAAUGGAGCUCCUGCCUCCCAGCAAUGAUCAUCUCCUUCCUUCUGCUUCUAUUCAAGAUGCCCAGCAGUGGCUUCAUCGUAAUAGGUUCUCUCCAUUCUGUAGACUCUUCUCAAGUUUUUCGGGUGCCGACUUACUGAAGAUGUCCAAAGAAGAUCUUGUUCAAAUCUGUGGGCCUGCUGAUGGAAUUCGGCUCUUUAAUGCAAUUAAAGGAAGAAAUGUAAGGCCCAAGAUGACAAUUUAUGUCUGUCAAGAACCAGAGCAAAACAGGUCCCACCUCCACCAAAAACAAGAAAAUGGAGAUGGCAGCCUUUGUGUGUAUCAUGCAAUCUUCUUAGAAGAAUUGACCAUUCUGGAAUUAAUGGAGAAGAUUGCAAACUUGUACAGCAUUUCUCCACAGCAGAUAAAUCGGAUCUACCGGCAGGGACCCACAGGGAUCCAUGUAUUAGUGAGCAAUGAGAUGGUGCAAAACUUCCAAGACGAAUCUUGUUUUGUUAUCAGCACAUUAAAAGCUGAAAGCAAUGAUGGCUACCACAUCAUUUUAAAAUGACCGUGCUGCACAGAGACUUUAAUGGCCUAAAAUUUAGUGCCUCACUGAGAUUGCUAACAACCUAGACUGGAAACAUGAAGAACCUUCUGGAUAAAUGCUCCUGUGAACUAAGAAUUACCAAACAGCUUAAGAAAAAACUUGCUUUUACAGAUAGAAAUUUUUGGUGGUGUGUGAUUUUGGUGGGUUUGGUGUUUUUUGGUUUUUUUGUUUUUGUUUUAUUUUUUUUGUUUGGUUUGUUUUUUGUUUUGGUUCUUUUGGUUUUUUAAGCUGGAGCUGAGAACAUCCUCAAAGCUUGUACAUGUUUUUUCCUUCCUCCCCUCCUCUUCAGUCUUAAAAAUUGUAGAGGUUUCUGCUUUUUACUUAGAAACAUCUGCCUUGUACUAAAAGGAAAUGGAAGAUAAACAAAUCCCAAUUCUCUUGACCCCUCAUAUUCAGGUGAAUUGAUUUACUUAUGGUUCUGAGUGCUCUCCUGCUUUCAACACACACCCUGAUGCUGAUGGAUGUAGACUCCCCAGGGCUCCUCUUGUACUCUUUGAGGUGGAAGGCUUGAGGCUACCUCCCAAAACAGACUGGGCAGUGCAGAGGAUGGGUUUGGUGCCCAGCCUUCACCCAAAGUGUCGACUCUGGAAGCCCACACUUAGCUGUUCUCCACCUACAGAUGUGCUCAAAGUCCAGAGACCUUGGUCUCUCCUGACAGACCUUCUGUAGGACCAAUCCAGCAGCACAGUUCUGGGGGGGUUCAAGGAAGGACAGACAACUUGAGGCGAGCAGUUCAGUACCAUGUUGUUAUCUUUAGCUUUAGAGUAGCCUCCUUGAACGGAGCAUAUGGAGGUUUACUGAGGAACUGUUUUGAACACUGAAAGCUAUAGUGCUCAUGAUAAAUUCAUACCAUGGAUUUAUUCUACUCUACAAAUUAGUGAUUAACUGCUAUCUUUACUGUAACUGGGAAUUGAUGUUAUAAUCUUAAUGGAUUUUCAUCCUGUUACUGAAGUAAAACUGUUUUGAUAAAGACCAGGUAACAGAUCAUCUUAGUUGCUGCUUCUUACAUUCUUGCUCUUUCACUUUUCACUCCUGUUUCCCAUAUCUGUAACUAUGAUCAGCUCCACCCUGCCUUGGUCUUUUGGGACUCCGUCCAGGCUCCAUUAAUCUAAAAAAGUGGCUUCCACUGAAGUCAAAGGCAAACUGGAUCACACCUUUCUUGCAUGGAUGAAACCAUUUCACUUUUUACAGCUCAAUAAUAUGGCUUUUUUCCCAAACUGGGUGUCUGUAUUCCAUCAAAAAUUGAUUUUUGAACAUUUAAUUUCAUCCUGAACUUACAUGGAAAGCUGAAAUACCAAACAUUUUCCUGGAAUGGAAAUUUUUUUAAAAAAUGAGAAAUUGUCAACUGGAAAACACUGAAUAAAAUGUUCCAGCCUUUUGAAAUGGAAACAUUUAAUUAAAUCCAUUUGGCCCUUAAAGCAGCAUCAGUUUGAGCUACCGUUGCAGCCCUCAGAAAUUGUCAUUCAAGUGCCUUGCGCGCUGUGUCUCCCUCAGGGCUGAGCUCUUUGGCUGAAUUACAGAUCCCAUGAUGCUCCUACCCUGGGUUAGUCAAACAGGGAAUGCGUCAUGAGGGCUGGAGAGGUGCCCAGGGAAAGAGGGGGCCAUGGAGCCCUUGAAUUACAGCUCCCAGCUGACACUAGAGGAAUUCGGACAGGCACGGACUGAUAUUUCUCUGACAAAAGUUAUGUGUUUCAAGUUUUCCCAACAGAAAUAAACAGCAAAAUAUUGAGAAAAGCAUCCUUUUUUUGAUUAAAGCAUCAAGUUUUGCGCAAAAAACCCCACCCAUCCCCACUGAUUUUUUUUUUUAAGACCAAAAAUAAUACUAGAAUAGAAAACUUGUGUUACAAUGGGAAAACCUUCAGCCAAUUCAGUUAAUUGAGCAGCAAUGCCUACUUAGGCACGAUCUUGCUCAACUGACUGUCCUGGAUGCUCCACAAGUUGUAGGCAUGCAAAAAGGAUGCCUAAGCUUUGGCACAUGGUGGACAUUCCCCCUUCUGAAAUGAAGGAAUUGAGGUUUCUUGGUUGAGAACCAAAGUGUGUAGGUAAGGAGGAGCUCCUGGCCAUGGAAUCCAGGCUGUGGCCACACAUAUCUGCCUUCCAAAACAGUGAAUUAAUUCCAGAUGCCUUUGUGAGCAGGUGGGAUCAGUGUGCCCCUGUGUACCAGGAGCUGUUUGAUUUAUUUUCUAGAGGGUGCUUUGGAAGGUGGAUGUUGGCUGUGGUUUUUCAUCCUGCUCUGUAAUACUGGCCCAGUGCAUGGUAUGGCUGUCACUGGUGCGCAGCUCAGAUGAAUCUGACCUUGUGGGAAGGGUUCUAAAUAGAUCUUGAAGUUUUCCAUGUCAUAUCCACUUAGAUGUGAUAGCCCUGUAACUGGGGGGACACAACAAUUCUGAUACACAGUAGUGAAGAAGGGAUAGAGGUGGCUUUGCUGCCUGAGUUAGGGAAUGAGAACUGUUUGCUUGUUUUAAAAAGACUAAUUUCUUGAUUCUUUAAAAAACAGCUCUUGCCCAUAAUGAAUGAAUAUAAUGAAUUAUAUACCAAAGUCCUCACAGUGUUUCAAUAGCACUUGCUUGAUUAAUUUUGGACAAAAAGGAGUCUGUUAGGGCUUUGCUGUAUUUAGAUUUUUUAAAAUAAAAUAAUUACAUACUCAUCUGAGGAUGAAUAUGACAAUGUAUCUUGUUUUUAUGCUCUAAAAAGGUACCAAAGUAAACAAUCCCAUAGACUAUAAAUAUUUUUCUAUGGGUUGGCUCAGUGUGAGCCUGUUGUAAAGCUGCACAGCUUGGGGGUGUGUGUGUAAUACCUACCCUUAUUUGACAGAGUAGUUCCAGUCCUUGUUGAACCUCUGUAGCCCCAGUAGGAAGUUGGAGGUUUGUGGCUGAGUAAAAUACACAUCCAUUGAAGACACAGCAUGGCUGGUUUUUUGAGUUACUUCAGCUUAGAAUCAUAGACCGAUUUGAGUUGAAAGGGGCCCUUAAGGGUCACAGAUUCCAAAGACUUGGUCCUUACAAGAGUACCUAAAACUGAUCCCUGUGGCUAUAAGUGUCAUCCAGAGCAGCCCAGAUGCUCCUUGAGCUCUGGCAGGCUUGGUGCCAUGACCAGAGGCAAGGAAAGUCCCUGGGGAGCCUGUCCCAGUGAUCAACCACUCUCCCAGUGAAGAACCUUUUUCCAGUGUCCAAUCUGAACUUGCCCUGAUUUAGCUUCAUUCCAUUCCCUUGCUUCCUGCUGCUGGUCACCAGCAAGAGGAGAUCAGCACCUCCCCUCCACUGCUGCCCUUGAGGAAGGUGCAGAGAGAGAAAGAAAGACUUGUCUCACCUGUGUGUCAGGUAAUCCUUGACUCCCCUUGGAUCUCCCAUCCCUGGAGGGACUUGUUUGACCUGUUUGUGGGAGUGACAGCACCUAGAAGGAAGUUUUUGUUUCCUCCACCAAAGGAAGCACAAAUGUUUAGUCUGGGAUAGAUAUCUAAAUUCUAGAUAGACUAAAGGCAAGGGAGGUGAGUAGCUCUCACUCAUCUGUUGACCUGAGAAUUAAACCUUAUGAUCUUGUUUUCAUAGUUUCUAGCC